AGCAGCUUCUCCCUCUUCAUUGCAUUCCCCUCCACACCGAGAUAUCCCACUUGGCUGUGUACCGCCUUAAGGUGUACUAGUACAGUGAUCACUACUGUGAUCUGGUAUUCCUUUCAACAGUAAAGGAAAUAGUGAGUGCGUCACCAAUUGUUUGACUUGCGAUAUAUUUCACCACAACACAAUGACGGAUUCUUUGAAUCCACCGCUUUCAUACGAGGCUUCGGCCACCACCACUCAUCCUCUUGUCGCAACUACUCUCCCUUCUGAGGUAAUUGCGUGUCUGAAAAACUCCAGAUUCCUCCAUCUUGCAACUUGCGAUGGCCUUACUCCCCACAUCUCUCUCAUGUCCUACACCUAUCUUCCGUCAACCCCCUUUGAUCCAUAUCCGACAAUCAUUAUGACAACGAAUCCUUCGUCACGCAAGACGAACCAUCUCAUGACGAAUCCACGAGUCUCUCUUUUAGUUCAUGACUGGGUGUCUCACCGUCCUCCCACCCGCGCCCCAAAUCUCAGUGGGCAACGCGAUGGUUCCCCGCCGCCCGUUGCAACCCGGUCGUCCUUGGCUAGUCUGCUCCUCAAUCUGAACACCAGCGCACUAUCCAGCAUUUCGACAACUAUCACGGGUACCGCCCGAUUUUUGCAACCUGGUUCGGAGGAAGAAGCCUGGUGCAAAGAGAAGCAUCUGGAGAACAACACUUUCGAGGAAGAGCUGGGCAUGUUCGGUCAACAGCAGCAGGCUGCUGGUCAACGGAGACCCAGUCUAUCGAUUGACAAUGACGUACGAGUUGUCACGGUCCGGGUAGGAGAAGGUCGCAUUGCAGAUUGGAAGGGUGGCGUACGCGAUUGGAAACUGGUGUCUGAAAGGGAGCAACAAGCCGACGAACCACUCGUCAACGGGACCGUGACUCCAUAGGCUCAGCCAUUCGGCUCAACACGUUGAUGAGGAGUCGUCAGUUUCUUGAGCAGCCGUUGACCUUUUCACAAAGCUGAUUAUGCUGCACACUGGGGUUUUAUGAGUACAUGGCUUUGCAUACAUGCUCUUUUCGAUCUAUGUCCGUUGAAGUCUGUCUCCAGCAAUUAGGCUUCCCGAGCCGUAAGAAUGUAUUUUAGUUAUGAAAGGAG